AACCCACGUUUCAGUCCGUCGCGUGUGUUGCUACGGCUCGUAUAGCGGCACUCCACUCUCCUGCCGCCGUCGCAGUGCUCUCUCGGUGAUCUCGGUUAUCUCGGACGGGGAAAGGGUAACCGUGAGAUGCCGUGAUGCCGUGAGAGAGAGAAGAGCGCACGCGAGGAGUCACGCGUACAUACGUGACCGAGGAGGACCGGAGGGGCGGUGGUGCGCGAGUCCCACGCGAUCGUCCCGCCGAGGGGGCGAGAUGACGUCUCGACGGAGCGCCGCGCGACCUCGUCGCUCGUCGCGGAUCGCCGCUCCUCGCGCGUAAACCCAAAUUCCGCUCGUGAAAUUCCCGCCCGACCGCCCGGCGCCCGCGACGUCGAUAUCGGAUCUCGUCCGAGAUCUCGUCCCGCGCGUCCCGGUACGUUUCCGUCGAAACGACGAGAUACGCGAUACGAUCGGAGUUCAGGCUCGCGGAAACUGCAGUUUGUACGUGGCUGAAACUCGUCCCGCGAGACAGCUUCCGCGGGGAGAAAUUUCUUACCCGCGUCGAUAUCCGGUCCCGAGAUUGGAAUUUAAAUUCUUACGAGAGCGAGAGAAAGAAAUCUCGCCGUAGACUCGACCCGCGCGCGGAAUCGAAGGAUGCACGUGAUCCUAUUUAACGCUACAUCCGAUUAGAAUAUGUCGCGUAAGUCUUUAAAAAGCAAACGAGGGGAAAAGGUCGAGCACGCUGCAGCGACUACACCGCUCCGGUGGCGGCCGAGAGAUGACUAUGCCACUGGCGAGAGAGAGAGAACGAUAAGCCUAUUAUCAGCCAGCUUUAAGUGAAGCGGGAUUGAUCGCGUAAAAAUAACCGGCGCGCGGUACAAAAAAAAAAAGAGGAUCACGUGGCGGGAAUGCGCACGAGGUGCACUUUGCGACGGCGACUAUAUAUCGGUGCGCGGUACGCGAUCGUCAAGACCGUGUGUGAAAAACCCCCCCGUGGGUGACUUCCGGUCCGGGAGGGGUUCCGCGGGAGCCGCGUGCCUCGCUCGCCGCGCCGGAAAUGCUCGCGGGAAAUGAUCGCCGUUGUGCCGGGUGAUAUGACGAUUGGCGAGCAAAUUGUCCGUAACAAGACUGGAUGAUGACGGAUUCCCCGACACCAUCGACCAGUAGACAUCACGACGACAAAUCCGACAAGCCCGAGAGAUCCGAUAAGACGGUGUUGCUGCAAAUCCAGGACAUAAACAGCCAGGUAGCGCAGUUCCGAGAUUUGCUCAUUAACAUCGGACAGCCGCGCGACUGUCCGGAGCUGCGCGAAAAAAUACGGAAGCUGCGCCGCAGCUGCGUGGAGGCCUGCAAGAGCACAUCUCAACUGGUGCUGCCGCACGUCAAAAGCGCCAUUGACGUUGGGAUACCAGUCGACAGUCCAAAUCUGGUGCUGCUGUUUUACGUGGCUCAACUCUUCUUACGCGAACUGCACAAGAGUAAAAACCUCAUACAAAUCAUACCCAUGGAUAUGUCCGGUUAUUACGAGAGCCGCGCCGGUCCCUCGUAUAUCGGCAAUGUGGUCUCGCAGAUCCUCCUGUGCAAACAGAUUAGACCGGACUUCAACGAGGAGGAGCUGUGCAGCAUCCGAAAGGACUCGGAAGAGAUCGGCCAGCUGAUAGCGGAGCUACAAGAAUUUAUGCCCCAAUCCGAAGCUGACACGGAGAAGCCCGUGGCCCUUCACAAUCCUGGGAACAAAAUCAAUCGGAACAACGGAACACGGAGGAUGCACCGAUGGAGCAGCAACAGAGACCGACAAUCGUCCUACUUCCGCAACGGUUUCAGAUUUCUCUGCUGCGCUGCGAGCACUAAUUACGUUUAACGUACAUAUAAAUUCAUCUCGACUCAUUAAAACGUAAUAUAGUUGCGAUUAUGUGAAUAAUUAAUGCGCACCCGAUAUAUUUUCGCAGUGAUUUCAAACCGCUAAAUCCCCUAAAAUAAAGUUAGCAGGAAUCGAUUACGGCGCUUGGGCUCGUAAACGACGUAAACGAAUCGCGGUGGAAAGUCGUCCCGUUUAUAUGAAGUGUCCUGAAAGAGGCGUGUAAUAGUUUGGCGAUUUAUUUUCGUAGGAACUCAGGAGUCGCUUUCGACGAAACUUUAAUAUAUCGCGCGCGCCUUCGCCCACCGUAAUUUCUUAACUAGCUUCCGCGCCAUUAAUACACGUCUCUCUUGGGAUCACUUUUUGUGAAAGACAACGGAUAAAGAACGUCGCAACGAUAACGUCGGGACGUCGCGUCGGGAGACACACUUCGAGGCCUAAUCGAAAGGCCUAAAGACCUGUCCCGCUCGAUGAUAAUACCCUUGGAACAAAUUUUUAACGCACGUGUACAGCCGGUGACAAUCAAAGUAGCAGCUCGAGACGUCGAUAAAAUUAUAUUAAACAAAUCGCGCCGCGACGGAUACGGGUAAAGAAAAAAGAGGGGAGGGGGGAAUUUCAGCACCUUUCACGUCUCUCAGCAAGAAUUCUAGUGGCACUCGAUACUGCUCCCAUUUUUUUGGACGUCCUUCUAGCCUCUCCUAAGAACUUCCCCAUUAAAUUUCCAACUCGCGGACAAAAGGGCCGCUGCCGCCGCCGCCGCCGCCGCCGCCGCGCCGGUGUCGAGGAGCCCCUUUAUUCAAGUCCACUCCACAAAUCUCGUCUCAUCAAUCCCGCUCUCGGCUCUACCGAUUGCUCGGAUAUCCUAAUUCCGUAUUUUGCCCCAAAUUCGUAUCUUCAAUUUUCUCGUCUCGCGUUUUAGAUCUAUCGUUCGUGUCAAAUUUAAUCGAGGAUCGUUAAUCAAAACUAGCUUGUAUAAUCUCCGGUUUAUCCGGGGUCCCAAAAGAUCCCCGGACAUCUAGAAGACGAGCGCAUUUCGAAUAUAUCGUCAGAUUUAAUCGCGUCUGUGUCGUGUCAAAGCGAGUAGAUUGUAACGUUGUGGAGCAAUUAUAAUAUCCUAGCGUAUUUACAAGUGAGUGGACCAACCUCGAUCUAUUUAUAAUGCGCGACCGGCGCGCACGCAUUGUAGCCCUAGGUACGCGCGUUUCGCAUCUCGCAUAUAUACAUAUAUAUGUAUAUAGAGAUCGUCUACAAAGCAAUACGUAGGAGUUACACACGCAGAGAAGCGUUGCGCCAAGAUAUAUGCAUAUAUAUAUAUAUAUAUAUAUAUAUACAUAUAUAUUUAUAUGCAUAUGUGUAUGUGUAUGAACGAAUAUAGACUUAUUGUUAGCCGCGCACGCCCGUUCAUACAGAAAAGUACACAGCCGGAAGCACUAUCGUUAUCUCGUGACUUUAACCCUAAACAGUAUCGUUAAACACGUCAUUGAAGAAAAAUAAAAGAGAAAAAAAAGUAAAAGAGGAAGAUCAGCCGAUUAGUUUCGUUCCGGAAGGUUGCUUUUCGUGCUUCGAUUCGUAAUGAUAAAUCCAUGACGCGAUACCGCGGUGCAAAAGGGAUAUUUUUGUAUUUCCACAAACGCAAACAGAGCGUUACUAUUUCGGGUUAAUAAUCGAUGCUGCGUGCGACCAGCCGGCGCGGCGCGGGCGUCUGUGAAGAAAGAAAGAGAAAACGAAGAAGAAAGAAGAGAUCGAUACUCAUGAGAGCGUCAAACAGCCGUACAUACAUACUUUUACGACCGCAAUAAUAUAAUCAAUAAUCGUAAAAGAUACGAGAUAUUUUGUUACUUUCCCUUUUUAUCCGAGCGUUCUCUGACAUAAUUU